UGUCACAUGGCGGGAAAAAUCAAGUCCAAGAUUUGAAGAUGAAAUUCAAUUAAGGUCUUUCAUAUGAAGUUUAUUGGAUAAUUGGGUGAUUUUUACCGCAAAUAGACCAUGGCCUCUGUGCUCAAGUAUUUUUAUCCAAAGCGCUAUUCCCUUGAAGAAUUCUUAUAUCAAUGCGAUGAGUCGUUUAAAGGGACAUUAAUGCAAGAAGAAGACUAUAACAUGGGGUACCCCAGAUACAAAAGUAUAAUCGAAAGCAUUAUGGUCUGCGUUCAAGACGAUCAAAAGUUACCUUGGCAAAAGCAUGUGUUGAGCAGGACAGUGAACUUUACUCUACCUGAACUAUUAAACCAAGUAAUAACCGUUAGCUGUGAGCAGAAUGGUCAGAGUAUCCUCGCCCUUGGGUAUAGAAGUGUGGGCCAACAGGAGGUUAAUUUUGCAAGAUUACAUACAGUGAAAUUAUGGAAUUACAACACAAUAAUGGGCAUGUACUAUAGAAGAUCAUUUGUGUUGCUACACCAGAGAAUUGGGGAUGAUCUUAUGAUUUUCUUAUUGAGGGAUGCUUCAAUGUUUAUGAAGACUCCUGAGAAUAAUUGUUAUAUACAGGUAUCAGGGCGUGUAUUAAAUGAACUAUCUAUGGAGAACCGGAUUACAAAACAAUCAUAUUCAGUGUCUCAGAGUGCUGUCAAUAUUGCUAAUGUCACUAAACAGGUCAGCACUGGCAGUGAAAAUGCACAAACGCUAUCAGUUUCUGGGGAUGAUACAGUUACUGUUAGAAAGGCUACCAAAGAAACUGUGGAACCUCAGUCUGAUUCUCAGAACGCUCCCAAUACCAGUAGUAAGGUCUCCAGGCAGGUUCUAAAAGACAGUCUAAACACAUCAUUUCAGUCAUUGCUUGAAAUUGGAGUAACCAUUAGAAAGGAUAAGGAGCAGCCUUUGACACAAUCUCAGUCAGAUUCUGAUAGGGUUGUUACUACCAGUGCAAAAGUCUCCAAGUCUUCUUCAUCAAUUGAUGAGGACGAGAUUGUUAUUACUUUUGUGAAGCCUCCUGAGCAAACUAAAGAACUUCUUUCAUUGCAAGCCUUGACAAAAAGAUUAGGUCAAAAAAAAGAUUUAGUCAAAGCAACAAAUUUAUGUUCAGGAAGAAGUUCUGAUGUGAACAAGAAAAGAGCUCAUAAAAGAAAAGGAAAUCAUAGCAAUAAAGAUUUUCCUCCUUUGAAGAGACUGAGGCAGAUGGAUUGGGAUGUCGCAGAUAGUAGGGCUGAAAUGCCCCAACAUCCUCACAAACGUCAAUGUACAGAAGUGUUAAGUUCAAAGUGCUCUACAAAUAAAGAACCAGAUAGCCGUCAAUCAGUAAUAGGGAGAUGUAGUACUUCAAAAGUAAAAGGAAGAUUUAGUAAAAGGAAGAGAAGAAUGUGUGCUAAUAGAUGCUUUCCCCCUUCAAAGAGACAUAAAACGUUGAGAAAUAGAACCUUGAAAGUGGCCAACCUCCAGGUUAUCUCAAAGCACACUUCAUCGAAAAUAGAUAACCAAUGCUCCAAAGCUUCUUCCAAAUGUUUCUCCCGUAACAAGUUAUGGUUCACUUCCAAUCUAGGCAAUACCCUCCCUAAGAAAUAUCUCUUAUCAAAACUGUCGCCAAGCAACAGAGGAGCAGAGAAGGUCUUGAUAGACAUUUUCUUCAAAGGUAAAAAGACAACCAAAAGAGUUCCAACGACUAAAGUUGUGACAGAGAAUAGAAAAGCUGCAGCUAAAAAAGAUAAAGAGAAGCCUGUGCGACUUCCAAGGCGAUUUAUAAGGAUGAAACCCCUAUUUGUACGGCUACUGAAGCGACACAAGAAUUGCAAUUUCAAGGCACUUUUGAGCCAUCAUUGUAGAUUCACUAAGUUUCCAUCUGGUAAUGAGCAAGUAGGUGGUAAUGUUUACCAUGAUGCAGUGAAGAAGCUGGUAGAAAAUGGCACUGACAAAGGUAAGAUGUCUUUUCAUGACCUGUCUGACACUACAAUGGACUUAGAUUCAAAUGAUCAAGAAAACAUUACAGUAUUAGUAGAAAUACAGGGUCAGUCAGAUAAAUGCAGUGAUAACUUUCCCAGUCCUGUUAAUGUUGGUAAAAGUGAAGACUUGGAGAGCUCUUGUCGUGUGGGCAAAAUAUCCAAAAAUGUAGGAGGUGGUGAUAAAAACAGCUUGAACACAAUCCAGAAUAGUGACAGAAGAAGCAGAGAGAAUGAUCAGAAAGGUGAUUUCGUUCCUGAUGGCCUUCCCUGUGAUGGUGAAGACGAGCUAGAGUCACAGAGAUACCAACAUGCCGUCAGGAGUUUUACUCCAUAUUCUCAGGUUUUCUUGUUUGUGAAAGCUGUUUGCAAUAAGGUGAUACCAUAUGAGCUCUGGGGCUCCAGUGACAACAAACAUGCAUUUUUCCGUAACCUCAAGAAAUUUAUCAGUCUUCGCAAGCCCGAGAAUAUGACCUUGGCACAGAUGGCGCGGGGGAUGAAGGUCAAGCACUGCAAGUGGUUGCAUGGGAAGGAAGGACACCCGUCGACUACAGAGUCCAGGAAGAGAAUGGAACUCUUGAUGCAGUGGCUGUGGUGGUUGAUGGAGUCCUACCUGAUGGUUGUGAUACGCGCCUUCUUUUACGUUACAGAAGGUACGACUUCCACAAAGAUGUUCUACUACAGGGUACCCGUAUGGAGGGUGAUCCAUGAUUUCGGGAUGAAUUCUAUGAAGGACAUCAUCCUGAAGCCGCUCUCAAAAGAGGAAGCUAAAGCGGCACUUGCAAAGUCCACUCUUGGGUGUUCCUACAUGAGGUUUCUCCCAAAGGCUCUAUCAGUCAGACCUAUCAUUAACUUGAAAGGGAAGAGCGAUGGCGGUAAGUCCUCCAUGUCUAUCAACUCUAAGCUGAAGAAUCUAUUUCUAAUAAUAAAGCACGAGCGCACAAAGGCUAAACCCUCGGGGUCAGGGAUGCUUGGCUUUGACGACGUUUUUCGCGCCUUGUCGAAGUUUAUCUCUGGCAGGAACCUGCGCAACGAUGAGAGACCACUGUAUUUUGUGCGUGUUGAUGUGGCGAAGUGCUUCGACUCCAUUCUUCAUGUGAAAUUGCACAGCAUCAUGAAGCAUGUGCUUACCCACCAGCUGUACACGGUGAGGAGGUUUGUCAUCAUGAAAAGACGCGGCCUACAGUCGAGAAGGAUGUACAAGAAGUACAUUUCCUACAGUUUGGACAGAACAGGAUUUGUGGAGUUCGCCAAGGAGUAUGUCAAGGAAUCAGAAUUGUCGGAGGCGGUUCUAGUUGACCAAGUUCGUUAUUUUCACGAGCAUCGGGAUGAGUCACUUCUUCCGCUACUAGAAGAACACAUUUUCCGAAACUUGGUAAAUAUUCACGGCAAAGUGUAUUGGCAAACUGCAGGUAUCCCUCAAGGAUCGAUUAUGUCCUCAAUCUUCUGCUGCUACUACUAUGAUGCGAUGGAGAGCAGCUAUUUUCCCGACAUCCUCCGCGAUGACUCAUCGCUCAUGAUGCGUUGGGUUGAUGACUUUAUUCUCAUCACGCCACACAGGGAAACCGCCGAGUCAUUCCUCGCCGCGAUGCAUGCUGGGAUCCCUGAAUUUGGGUGUAAAGUCAACAAAUUGAAAACGUUGACCAAUUACGUCUCGAGUCUGGAUGGUGGAAAGCCUGUCAAUCAUAUUGAAGAGGGUGGGCUGUUUCCAUGGUGUGGGAUUUUGAUUGACCCAGCAACUUUGAACGUUCAGAUGGACCUCAAGCGAUACAUCGACGGUGUUGAAGACAGUAUUCAAGGUCCCAUGGCUUCUCAUACGGGACAUGGUAUUAGCACCAAAUUGAAGUUCAGCCUUCGUGCAAAGUGCGUCCCACUCCUUCUCAGCUCGCAAAUCAACAGCCAGACCACCGUGCUAGUCAACAUUUAUCAGAUGUUCUUUUUGACCGCGUGCAAGUUCCUCUGCCUCUGUAAAGGGCUUCCGAAAGGGCACAGGUCGUCUGAGAAACCUCGCUUUUUCACUAGAAUCAUCCUCGCCUUACCGUCCUUCCUCGUCACACAAACGAGGCGCAAGUGCACCAAGGAGCAUGCGCCGUGCCACCUCCGCAAUGACGUCAUCACUUGGCUGUGCUGCCAGGCCUUUGUUAGAUGUCUCGGCCGGAAGUUGCGGUAUAGUAAGGUUGUGAAGCUGCUGAGGUAUCGCCAGCGACGUGUGAGACUCGCAGAUCCACGUCUGCCGCUUCCACUCCUCAGAGAUCCAUUCCCGAUUCCUCGUGGUUGAAAGUAGACCCUUUUUUGUGGAGUCUGUUCACUUCUUUAGAGAGGAAACGCAUUCCACUUCAAUCUAGAUAACAAGAUUGUUCACGAUUAUUUAAAAAAAUAGGCUCUGUAAUUAAGUGGCGGUUCCUGGAUACCCCCUGUGAUGUAAUGAUACGAAAAUCAUUUUAUUCCGCGCAUCCAGCUGUCCGUUCCAGAUUCCAUGGAGUUGAAACUACUUCAUGAGGCGAGACGAUUCUGGGAACUACAGCGAGCUCCGAUAACUCUAACUCUACGCUAACUCGAACCCUGAUAACUCGAACUUACAUUAAAUCCCAAGAGAGUAGUUUUCAGUUAUUUUUCAAGAGAAGCUCAAACUCAAUCACCUCAAACUGCCGAACAAUCCAGAAUACUUGUCACGUGACCAUUUGCUGUGUGUCAAUCAUUUUGAUCUCGACCCAUCCCCCUUUUACAUACGACAAAAAAAAACUACAGCCGGCUAAGAGAGGCGAUAAUACCUAGCUCUCCGUAAUAGGUGCUUACAUCUUAAAAGCACACUAGAUAGUCAUCUGAGAAGCCGGUCGAAUAUCAUGCUGUUCCCAUAUAUUCCGAUAUGAAACUAUUAAUCGAGAAAUAAAACGGCGUGAAGACGUUUGUU